AUGUCUCAUGCCUUGCUAUUACGCCUUUUUCUCUCGCCUUCCUUUUUUUCCGUCCAUGUUGCACUCCAAUAUCUUAGGAUUUAUGCGGACAACAUUGGAAUCACGUACUACCUCACGCGGAGGUUGAGGGAACUAGACACAAGUGAACUGCGUGAAGUGUGGGGUUUUAUAUGUCAUUUACUGGUCACUAGACCUUCCAAGUCGAGAGCACUAGAAUGCUUCGUGGUAGAAAUAUCUCAGAAGUCCACACAUAUAGCCAUGUUGACGCUAUGGUUCAUGCAUGCCCAUCUCAAAGAUCUCGCAGUGUCGCGUUAUGAUUCAGAGUCCUUCCACAUAUGCCAGCGCGUCCUGAACCAAUGUCACGAAACAAUUUACGGAGACCUACCUGCGUCCGGAACUCCGUAUUCAUCGCUCGAUCUACCGACACUUCCUGGCUUCCUUCGCAAGAAAGUGAAACCACAUAUCGAGCCCGCGCUAGUCGGCAUGGGCUUGAUUCUGGUCGCUGCACCGGCAAUGCCCGCACUUACUGGCAUUAUGGGCGAGGUAGCGAUCGAGCAAGGUCGCUUGGACGAUCAAGGCGAGGAUCUCCGAAGUUUGGACAACCCAGAUGGUAUUGUCCGGACGAAGUCCGACCGUUCGACAACUUCGCAGGACGAGAAAGACGAAGAUGAUCUCACGGACCCCGAGGACGAGAGUAGGAGAUCCCAUAGGGGCGGUAUGGCCGUGCGAAGGCAGACCAUCGCUGUGCAGACUAGCCCUGCUUUGCCUCUACAUAUUAGGGAUCCUAGGAAGUCAAGGCUUUCUGAAGAUCCGUUUGGUCAAAAUGAUCCGCCUCCAUCUGUCAUCGUCCCUUCUCCCUCCCCGUUCCAAUCCACCCCAACUUUCUCUCAGUCUAGACAUCUGCGACGCAACGGAAACAGCAUAACUUCGGCCGACAUACUGCUACGAAAAUACGAUCCAGAGGCACAGAAGUUCCUUUUACGGACACAUUUCUGUCGCUCAGAGAUUCAAUUUUUGCUGGCCCUCGAAAAUAUCUGCAAUCGGCUACUUGUUGUACCGAAGCCUGCCCGCGUCAGUGCUCUCAGAGCUGAGCUCACUGGUUUAAACCACAUGCUGCCCGCUGAGGUGUGCAUGCCUAUGUGGUGCUCUUCUUCUGACAAGCCCGACACAACAGCUGGAAUAGCGGAGCCACAUCACCGAAUAGUGCGCAUACCCCCUGGCGAGAGUGUCGUUCUCAACUCUGCAGAGCGAGCGCCGUACUUGCUCUUGAUCGAGAUACUCCAUGGUGAUCUCGAUUUCGAUCCAUUCAAGCGGAACAACAAGGAGGUCCUCAAGAAGAUCGUAGUCAAGGAGAAUGAGCGGAAGGGUGCCUCGCGAGAUCUCAUCACAUUCAAUGGGGCAGAGGGCGGCUCGGCGGAUGUUCCCAGUGUCCUUUCGCCGAUUAGCCCGUCAGAUGCUCCUGAAGAUGAAGAGGAGAUCGAUUUAGUCGAGCAGCUGUACGGGUCCAAUAACUCUCUGCGCGCUCGCUCGAUAGACCUGUCGGAAUCGAUAGUACUUCCGCCUGCGCCAAAGAACAAGGAACUCGACAACUUGACGUGGUCAUCUAUGCCAGCGAUACCGCUUCUUGUAGGCGCAGCGCCACGAAGAGCCGUGCCUUCGCAAACAACGGCACGUGUCUUGUCUUUAGACGAGUAUUCGGAACGCAUGAGGACCGCGGCAGUCAUGCUUGCCCAGCUGAAUGCAAAUCUAGUGCGAGAGCCCGUCCAGAACCCCGGCGAGUCCAGUAUCCCUGUGCAUCCUUCCAAUGCAUCGAUGCGCAUGAAACUCCAGCCUGCCGAGGCUGCCGCCAUUCGAAAUCGCAUCAUGAACGAAAUGCUGGCUCUUGAAGAGGAGCGGAUGGAGCGUAUGCGCGAGAAUCGUGUGGGAGAGGGCACGCUUAGGAUCGGUGAUGUCGGUGGAAGCAUGAAGACGGCGGAAGACGAGGGUAUCAUUCGGCGCGAGCUUAGCAAGGCUGACCCGUCUGCAGUUGUUGUCGGAGAGUCUUGGGCAGCGAAGAAGAGUCGAAUACGACACGCCUCUCCAUAUGGUCAUUUAGCGAGUUGGGACUGUGUGUCAGUCAUUGUCAAAACAGGCGGUGACCUACGACAGGAACAGCUUGCAGUGCAACUAAUUCAGGAGUUUGAAAACAUCUGGAAGGACGAGAAUUGCGCCUGCUGGGUGCGAUACUUUAGGAUCUUAAUCACAGGCAACAACUCCGGAUUGAUUGAGACCAUUACGGACGCUGUCUCCAUCCACUCUAUCAAAAAGGCAGAGUACGCUCGCCGACUGGCAAGCGGUCGGUUAGGCCACGUAACGUUGUUCGACCACUUCAAGAGCGCCUACGGUGACCCAGUGUCCGCAAAAUUUGUCCGAGCGCAGCGGAAUUUUGCUAAGUCACUAGCGGGCUACUCGGUCGUCACGUAUCUCCUCCAAAUCAAAGACCGGCAUAACGGAAAUAUCCUCGUUGAUCGGGGCGGUCACCUCAUCCACAUCGACUUCGGCUUCAUGUUGUCGAACUCACCGGGGAAUAUUGGCUUUGAAGCUGCGCCGUUCAAGCUGCCGCUGGAGUACAUAGAGGUCCUUGGCGGUAUUGAUGGUGAGGCUUACAAAGAAUUCAAGCGAUUGUUCAAGGAGGGAUUCGAAGCUGCGAGGAAGCACUGCGAUCGGAUCGUCACUUUGGUCGAACUCAUGCAGAAGGACUCGACGCUUCCGUGCUUCGCUGCACUCGGCGAGCAAACAGCACAGCAGCUGCGGGACCGCUUCCAACAGGGCCUCACACAGUCGGCAGUCGAGGAGCAUGUCCAGCGUUUGAUUGAUACCUCUGUUGGGUCUAACUGGACUAGGCUGUACGAUUCAUAUCAAUAUUAUUCACAGUCUAUUUUAUGA